GGGGGCCAAGACAUAAUGUCAAUGAUGGGCCAGUUGUUGAAACCAAAAAAGACUGAAAUCACGGAUAAGUUGCGAAAAGAAAUUAACAAAGUAGUUAAUAAGUAUAUAGAUCAGGGUAUUGCCGAAUUAGUUCCAGGAGUUCUGUUUAUUGAUGAG